ACAAAUCCUCAGUUAACGCAUGAAGAUGCGUCAGAAUUGUUGUCUGAAAUGGUGUGAUUGUUGAAUUUAGUGGCUCAUGAGAACAAGGAGAAAUAUUUAUAAGUAAAUUUUACGUAAGCUUAAGGUAGAUCGAUUGUGCGCGGUGCCCGCAAUCUUGAUAUCUGUUCGAAAAAUUCGAAGGGUAUUACAUCGUGCUGAUAAAUCGCCGGCGGCCGUAUUAGUUUUGGAGAGACUCUCCCGUCACAGUGUUGAUAUUAAAAAUUUGGAGCGCAAACAACGCGAUUGCAUGUUGAAAUAAUAUCGUUUGACAGCUAGAUUAGAUACGUCUCUCGUCAAACUAUGGCAGCGCUCAUGUACCACAGGUGCAUUUUGCUGUUUAUUCUGAUAAAUGCCGCUUGCACCGAAAGAAUAAAAGAUAUGAUAUACAUGCCCCUCGAUGGACUCGCAGCAUGUUUCCGGCGACAUAAUGGUACCCAUCAAUUCGGUUGUACAUCAAGCAGAUCAGGAAGUGUAGGCGUUAUUCACCUUGUAGAAAAUGAAGAAGAUCUCGCUUGGCUGGAGAAGCAAGGCAUUGCCGGGCCGUACACGGCAGUUGUACCAUUUUCAAUGUUCACAAGAGAUACUCUAGUUCGAUUACGUGACACAAACAAUAUAAAUGGGAUCUUACUAUCAAGCAACUCUACCUCAACACGCCCAUCUCAUUAUUCCCCUGACGAUACAUGCCCUAAUAGAUAUUCAGGGUUCAAAGAAUGCGAAAGACCCUGGAAUCCUUUUGGGUCUGCCUUGUUUUUGGAAGAUUGGCCAUUCCCAAUGUUUUAUUUACAGAAUCAAUCCCAGCUAGACGAUGUAAAAUCGUGUUUCAAAACCUUCAAUGCGCACGAUCUGGAUUCCCAGAGCCAACGCUCUCUUUGCGCAAUAGAAAUGAGAUCGUUCAUGUAUUCGGCUGUGGAUUCUGAAACUUGCAUUAGACGCAGCAUGCCAAGGAUAAACUUCAACCCACCUCAAUUUUGCGACCCUCUGGGUGACAGAAAUAUACACUGGCCAUUGGCACCUCUGGAAGAUCAUAUGGAAUCUGUAAUCUUGGUAACAGCGCGACUUGAUUCCUUGUCAAUGUUUGAUGGAUUAGCGCCUGGUGCUCAAAGUGUGAUUACAGGCCUAAUCACCCUAAUUACUACCGCGAACUAUCUAAAUCUCAUGAAACCAUCGGUCGGAAAAACAAAUGUCAUCUUCUCGCUGUUGAAUGGCGAGUCGUUUGACUACAUAGGAUCUAGUCGAUUGGUUUAUGACUUGAAAGAAGGGAAUUUCAAUGCUAUAGGAGGGAAGAUUUUGAGGCUUGACCAAAUUCGAACAGUUAUUGAACUCGGACAGCUCGGUGUAGGAGACAUCUAUUUUCAUUCGACUAACUUUGAAAAUGAUACUCUUGUAAACUCAUUGCGGGCAGUAUUGUCUGCAAAAAUUUUGAAAGGCAGCUUACCACCAGCAUCCAUACAAAGUUUUCUUAACGGGAAUCCAAACAUCAGUGCAACUGUCAUUGCAAAUCAUGGUGAACAGUUUACAAAUAAGUAUUACAACAGCAUACUCGACGAUAAGCUGAAUCUUAAUUUUGAAAGUGCCCAAAACAACCUUUCCAGUAGUUUGAACAGAAUUGCCAUCACGUUAGCCAGUCAAUUGUUCUUCGUUGUUUCUGGAACUAAUCCAACUGCGCUUUUUCCGGAGGUUGGGCAAAAGCUCAUUCUGGAAAUGUUGGAUUGUUAUUUGGAAAAUGCCGAGUGCCCCCUUUUCCAGGCCGCGUCUUCUCCGGGUGCAAAAUUACCAAAUAAUGCCCUGCCACUGUAUGUUGGUGUCAACAGAUGGGCAAGUCCAGCAACCAGCUUAACUGGACAGGUUUUGGCUUUGUUGACAGGCAUAAAUAUGACAGAGUACAAUAUAACCACAUGUCACGACAAUAACUUGAUUUGGAUGGCAGGAAGACUGCUCGAAGGAAUAUGUAUCAACUCUACAGUCAAUUACAGCAUGGCGAUUAGUCCCGCUUUCUUGAUAGAUGGAUACGAUUUCAAAUCCGGACUCUAUUCUACAUGGACGGAAUCCGUAUGGCAGGGAUUGAGUAUGAGGAUGUUUUUGAAGCCUGCGGCAGCGACGGAGCGUCUGAGUAUGAUCAUUGGCAGUAUAGUGGCAAUCGCUUCGUUCUUUGUUGUUUGGUUCAUUCAAUCCCGAGCCGAUCUGCUUUUCUACCCAAUAUCAUACAAUGGAAUCCGAUCGCCCUGAAUUUACUAAUUCAAAGACCGUACCUCUCUACAACGGAUAGAAGUAUCAAAGAUUGUAACAGGCGGAUUAAAAUUAACGAAAGGGAUAUUGGAAUAGUUACUUGUAUAAUUCCAGAUGUUUCGAUUGAAAGUAAGGACCUACAGGUCUCCCCCUUGUCAGGUCUUUCUGCGGGAUGAUUUCAGCCCAGAAUAGAUCCUCUAGGAGGUUACCGGCAGCAUGUGAUGCGAGUCCUGAUUGAUCCAUGUCUUCUAGGCGUAAAAUAAAAUUUCCUUCGUUUGCCCGAGCCGAUGAAUAGUUGUACCAUGCUGCACAGAGCUGUAUGGAGCCCUCCGAGAUGCAGGUAACCUGGAAAUGGCAUCGGAGUGAAAAGAAUCACAUCGGUAAGAAGAAAACCCAAAUCCUCAUCUCUCAACUGAUCAGUGAAUCUUUUCUAAGCUCACCUGUUGAGCUCGGGGCAAACCAAACAUGCACUCCUUGUGUUCUGUAAGACGGUUUGGAAAAUAUUUCGAGAUUCAAGGCGGAGAGUAGGGUAUGCUGUACUUUGUGCAUGUCACCGAAUGUCACGUGAUAGAGAUUAGAAAUUAAAUCAAUUCUCUCAAUUUUCCCUGACCUGGGGGAUUACCUGCAAACGUCAUAUGCGCGUGGAGCCACACACGUCAAGGUGAACGAGAGGAACCAACAAAAUGCACCGAUUCUAAUUAAUUUGUCAAUUACCGCAUCUUCCCCUGGCCCUGGAAGCGUUUUAUGAUAUGCAACUGAAGUUUUACCAUCCCAAAUUUAUUCCUAAUUUUUUCUAAUUUUUUCCGAUUUUUUAAUUGAUGAUUCGAAUUUUCCGCGCAUUUCGCGCAGCUAGCGCCAUGUGGCGGAAUUUCGGUGAACUAACCCCCAGAAAAUCCGCUAGGGUAAACCGGGAAAGUAUUGACCGACCCAUACUCACGCCACGGAUCGGUCAAAACUUUUGCAUUUUUCGCUCGGAGAAGGGUCAAUACUUCUCCAGUUUUGAGCGAAGAAGAGUCAAAGCUUUCGCGUUUGAUGGUAAACCGAUUUCUGUGCGCUAUUCAUCCGGUAUCAGCACUUUCUGACAAGCAGCACCUUACCUGCAACAGGAAGUGCGCUUACACCUGCCAGUUUAAAAAUUGCAAUAUAAUUAUCAUACAUAUGCAUAGCGACGGAUAGUUGAUGUAUGCGAAUAAGUCUUUAUGCAAUGUAUUCAUAAGUUCUAUUCAUUUGGAUUACGGGGCAAUAUUGUAUCAUUGAAAUGAACCUUAUACAUCUCUUGAAUAAUAUUGCAAAGUUUUUAAUAAUUAUUUGAAUAAUGUAUGUAUGCUGAAUGUAUUCCUUGCAUAAGGCAUUAAUAAAUGAUAGGCUAUUUUCAAACUGAA